CAUUCCUUCGAAUUGACUAGUUAGGGUUCGUCGCGUGCUCAAUCCGACUCGUAGGCGUAUGCGGAGCAGCGGCGGAUCAUGAGGACACAAACGCAGUAUAAAUGAGUCAGUGACGCGGGAAAGGAGAGAGCAGCCCUCCCAGGAGCUUAAUUUUCCUUUUCCUUCUCCUUUUGAUCGACCGCGGUCUCCCACUCUGGGCUGGUACCCUUCGACAUUGUCAUUGCCAUGGGAAUCAAGGGUUUGACGAAACUCCUCGCGGAUAACGCCCCCAAGGCCAUGAAGGAGCAGAAGUUUGAGAGCUAUUUCGGCCGGAAGAUCGCGAUUGAUGCCAGCAUGAGCAUCUACCAAUUCCUCAUUGUCGUGGGAAGAACGGGUAUGGAAACCCUCACCAACGAGGCUGGCGAAGUCACAAGUCACUUGCAAGGGAUGUUCAAUCGAACUAUUAGAUUAUUGGAGUCGGGAAUAAAGCCAGUAUAUGUAUUUGAUGGUCAGCCACCAGAAUUGAAGAAACAAGAACUUGCCAAGAGAUACUCAAAGAGGGAAGAUGCAACCAAGGAUCUGAACACAGCAAUAGAGACUGGUGACACAGAGGGGAUUGAAAAGUAUAGCAAAAGGACAGUGAAGGUAACUAGACAACAUAAUGACGAUUGCAAACGUCUCUUAAGACUUAUGGGUGUGCCUAUCAUUGAGGCACCUUGUGAAGCAGAAGCUCAAUGUGCAACUCUUUGCAAAAGUGACAAGGUAUAUGCUGUUGCAUCUGAAGACAUGGAUUCUUUAACUUUUGGAGCACCGAAAUUUCUUCGCCACUUAAUGGAUCCCAGCUCCAAAAAAAUCCCUGUUAUGGAAUUUGAAGUUUCAAAGGUUCUUGAAGAGCUAGAACUCAGCAUGGAUCAAUUCAUUGAUUUGUGCAUUCUCUCUGGAUGUGACUACUGUGAUAGCAUAAAAGUGCAGUAUAGGGCAAUUAGUGGCUCAGUGUUGGAAGUGCCAGCAGCAAUUAUUAUCCGAGGACCAAUAUACUCUUUGUAUCAUUGUGACAAAUGUAUUGGAGGUCAAACAGCUUUGAAGCUUAUUCGGCAGCAUGGUUGCAUAGAGAAUAUCUUGGAGAACAUAAACAAAGAAAGGUACCAAAUACCUGAGGACUGGCCAUAUCAAGAAGCUCGUCACCUGUUCAAAGAACCUAAUGUGAUUAUGGAUGUACCAGAGAUGAAGUGGACUGCUCCAGAUGAGAAGGGUCUUGUGAACUUUCUGGUGACUGAGAAUGGUUUCAACAAUGAUCGAGUUACAAAGGCAUUAGACAAGAUUAAAGCAGCCAAGAAUAAAUCUUCUCAAGGACGGCUGGAGUCGUUCUUUAAGCCUGUUGUAAGUGCAUCUACACCACCUAAAAGAAAGGAUUUGGAAAAAGUGGCCAAAGAAACUUCGACGAACAAGAAGUCUAAAACCGUGGGUGCAAGAAAGAAAUAAUUGGAAAAUUCAGUCUGUGCUUAAACAUAGCAUCUUGUUGACUGAGCGGACGAGAACCAUUUUGUUGGUUCGUAUUUUGCCGAUCCUAUCUGCACUACGGUUUGGGCUUUUAUGAUACGACUCGGCCGAACCUGUUUACUAGUAGUUCUUAAUGGUAGAUGUAGUUAUGUUAAUUUAUUAAAUGUGUUUCAUGGUUUAUUUGUGCUUA